ACCUUUUUUAUGUAAAUAUUGGCAAUGUCUUUAAUUUUGCAGUGUAAUUUAAUCAAAAUUCUUCAAUAGAAACCUGCGGAAAGCUGUUCGUUAGUCAAGUGUAGUCAAGUGUGUUAAAGUAGGCGAUCAGAUGUCAGGAUAAAUGGAAAUGAAUCUUCUUAAUCAAGCACAGACACAGUAGGGCACAAUGACGUUAGUACAGGGGUGUUUAUUGUGUUUGCCAAUGUCAUGCUGAUUAUUUACAAUUAUUUAAACGGGUUUUACAAAAUGCCGGUUUGGAAAAAAAUUGAAAUAUGCGGUUUAAGAAAGAAGAAGAAAGAAUCGACUCUUACUGUUCAACCGAGCCAAAUGAUCCGAAUCGCUGAAAAGAGCCGGAAUUCCCAUAGCGACAGUAAAGAGCAACGGGGAAGCCCCGCCCACUUCCUUGUUCGUCAUCACGUAACAUCACGCUGUUUUCGAACGUGGCGGCGCCAAGCUGGAAAUCCGCCCUGGUGGAUGUUUUUUUGGAUAAGAUUUUGCGUGCAAAUUAUACAUUUUGAGAGAUGUGACGACGCGGUAGCCUUUAGUAAGGAUUAUAUAUCAGCUAAUCCUCUCUUUCUGAAGUCUAAACUAAACUGGAGGACAUGACAACUGCGGCUUGCAGCAAGUGGAGAGGACUUUUCAGCGUAGGAGAAGAUCUGGAUGAUGAAGACUUGCUGGAUGCUGACUGGACACACACGUCUGCUUCUGGGUCAUCUGCAGUUCCAGCCUGUGCACCCUUACAAGAAUCGCAUGCAGUUUGUUCCCAUGAUGCACAGCAGAGCUCCAAUGCACCAUCAGCCACCUUCUCAAACAGGAGUUCAGUGCCAGACUCUUCAGCACGACUUUCAGAUCUUUCAGAAUCCAGACCUGUCAAAGGUUUAAGAAGCCUGGCCAAUCCUAACUCUUUAUCCGUCUCCCACUCUGUCCCUCGCACACCCUCUGCUUCUCUUGCUUCUCUUCAAUCACCUUCUGGGGGCUCUAAUGCAAUCUCAUCUCUGCAAUAUCCCUUAAAUUCUCCACCUGACGAGUCAAACCCUCAAUCUGGCACCUGCAAUGUUCCCAAGAAAGACAUUCCAGCUCAAGAUGACUUUGAUGACUGGGAUGUAGAUCUGGAGGAGUUGGAUGAGUGUGUUCCUCAGAAAGCUUCUGCUCCAGACACAGAAUAUGAAUCUGACAACAUUUCCCCAGCUAAACGGACGAGAUUAUCAGCUGUUAGUGAAGAUGUACCAGUUGUAUCUUCUCUCAGAGGAUUCUGCAACACUACUCUGAAAUCUGCACCCCCACAGUCCUUUAUCCGUUCCCCGUGUUCUGCUACGUUUUUCCCACAAAACAACUUGCAACCCUCUGUACCUCCAGUCUGCCGCUUCACCAGUCCAGUGACUCCUGGACCUGUGAGAGCGACAUCUCAGUGGCAAAGAGGAGUUGUUACUCCUCGAGCAGAACAUCGUUCUCUGUUUCAGGCUGUUUCUCCUGCUCCGUUGACUCCACAAACACCCCAUCCACUCCACAUGCCCGUCCUGACUAAUCACCUGGUCCAGCUGGUGUCUGCAGCCAGUAAGACGCCUCAGAGGCCAAGGAGUGAUUCUGUUCGGCCCAAAACGCGACGGUUUCCUGGUCCAGCGGGUGCUCUGCCGCAACAGAUCAGUGGGCGGAGUCUGGAUGACAUCAUUGUGGCAGUUCCACAGACACCAGCACACGGGGCUGUGGCUCGCCUGCGCAGUGAGGUCCCGAGCUCUCAAGUAAAUGAUGAAGAGGAGUUCAGUGUAGGUCCGUGGGCAGCAAUGAAGGCUGAGAUGGGACUGGAUGAGAGAAACCCUUCCUGUUUCCUCCAUUCAUACAGCAUUGUUAUGGUGCUGCGGAAAGCGGCCUUAAGGCAGCUCUCUAAGAAUAAGGUUCCUAACAUGGCCGUGGUGUUAAAGAGCAUCAUACACACACAUGCUGACGCCAAAGCAGUGUUCAGAGACCCCACAGGUGAGAUGCAGGGUACAGUUCACAGACGGUUGCUGGAGGACAGACAGGGGGAGCUAAAGACUGGUGCAGUGCUGCUUCUCAAACAAGUGGGCGUGUUCUCCCCCUCUAAUAGGAACCAUUACCUGAAUGUAACACCCAAUAACCUUCUUCGAAUCUACCCUCCUGGCGGAGCAGUCCACGCCUCCUCCCAGCAUUCCCAGCCUGCACUGGAACCUGCUGGAUUACUGCAUUGUGAGUCCUCAAAGCCUGACGAGUGCCCUGUGUCUCAGAUGGAGCUGCAUUAUGAUGAUGAUGAUGAGGAGGAGGAGCAGAGCAGCAUCCCGGCUAAACUUACAGUUCCAGCUAAUGGGGUGGUUCAGUCUACUACACGACCUGACUGCUCAGAGGAUGCUCAGUGGGAUGCAGAUGAUCUCGAUGAGCUGCUUGGGGAGUUGCCUGUGGAGUCCUACUCUGCCUGACGCUGACACCAUUACCAUAGAAAUCUACCAGACCACAGCCAAAUGGCUUAGCUGUGCUUUUUUUUUUGUUCAAUUUGUGUAUAGAAGUUGUUGUAAGAUAUGUACAUAAUCAGAAAGCAGUUGUCUAGACAAGAUGAAGAAUAAAUGUUUGACUUUGAA